CACGUGCUUUGACGGUCGGUCUCUUUUCAGUGUAACACCAUGAGGAAGUGAAUUGUCUUUUUUUCCAGCUGAUCUGUGUGUCAGAUGUGUUUGUUGUCUACUCUAUCCUCCAGACAGACAGAUGAUGAGUGUGUGAACAGCCCCCCGCCUGCAGAUGAGGAGGCUGGUCUUCGUCUUCUGGCUGCUGUUUUAUGUGUGGUUCCUGCUGUCCAUCAGGAAGAUGUGGACAGGUCGGUAUGUUCGCAGUCCUCUGGCCAGAUCUCUCUUCAUGAACAUGCUGUCAGACACCGAAACGGCGGACUAUGGGGACCAAAAGUGGUACCGCUGCUGUCCGGAUCUGCUUGGAGAAAGCGUGAGCUCUGUGUUCGUUCAGAGUCAUCUGGAUGAGGAAACGCAGGCGUUUCUACAAAGGAGCGUCGAGAAGUCCAGCUGGAUCUUCACUCAGCUUUACCACUCACUGUUCUCCAGCAUCUUCAGCCCCAUCAUCUCCCGCACAUCCAUCAACGGGUUUCUGGGCCGCGGCUCCAUGUUCGUGUUCUCCAGGGAUCAGUUUCGGCGUCUCCUCAGGAUCGGGCCGGACUGGAGAGCGCAGCGGAUGCUGGAUCUGGGAGCCGGAGACGGAGGCGUCACUGAAGUCAUGGGUUCACACUUUCAUGAGGUCUACGCUACUGAGGUCUCCACACCCAUGAAGUGGCAUCUACAGCGCAAAAACUACAGUCUGCUGGGUAUCGAUGAGUGGCAGUGCACCGGUCUCCAGUAUGAUCUGAUCAGCUGUCUGAAUCUGCUGGAUCGCUGUGACGAGCCGCUGAAGCUCCUGCAGGACAUCAGGAGUGCGCUGGUGCCCGAAACGGGACGCCUCAUCCUGGCCGCGGUGCUGCCCUUUCAGCCUUAUGUGGAGACGGGCGGGUCGUGGGUUCGGCCGAAGCAGCACAUCCAGGUUCAGGGGAAGAGCUGGGAGGAGCAGGUGACGCACCUGAGCACGCAGGUGUUCCCGCAGGUGGGUUUGGAGCUGCAGGCCGUCACGCGUCUGCCGUAUCUGUGUGAAGGAGACAUGUACAGAGAUUAUUACGUGCUGGACGACGCCGUCUUCAUCCUCAAACCACUCAAACACUGACACAAACACUGACUGACAACUCCAACCAAAGGGCUGACGCAACUCAGGAAAACAUCAACAUUAUUCAAUCAGAGUCAGGCAGAUGACGGACUGCAGAGUUUCCUUUGGGAACGGAAUAAAGAUUCAGUGGAAACGUUUAGAGAAAUCUACUUAUUAUUUGGUCUAAUUACAGGUAAAUGAUUAGCCCUCCUGUGAAAUUUAAUAUGAAUAUUUCCUGAUAAUGUUAUCAAAUAUUUAGGUGCUGUUUAAUAAAUACGGUUUAAAGAAAUUAAAACGCAGAAGUAUGGAAAAACAUAUACCUGUAGUCAACAUUUGAAGUUGAUUUAAGAUAUUAUUAUAGUAUAAUUAACAAAGUACAAAUGUUUAUACAUUGAUCCUGUAUGUUACUGAUUAAAUAUCGGUAUUGUUCAAUACACACUUUUAUUUUAAAGGUUUUAAUUCUUGUUAAAUGUUGAUUGCUGAAGUUAUUCUGAAGUAAUAACUGCAGAUCCUCAUGGUGUGUGUCUCUAAUAUGUUAUUAUUAUUGUUACAUGUUUUCUGUCAGUCUGAACAGAACUUUUGAUGAGUCUGAAACAUCGUAGGACCAAGUUAAGACAUUAUUAAAUGAUGUCUGCUGUUCAUUGCACAACACAGCGAGAGUCUAAACAUGCAUUUGCAGUAUGUAGGUUCUGGUUAAGUUCAUGUUUUCCUUGUGUAUUAGGUAUGUGCUGAUUUUAUCGAUCGUGUGUUCACUGUGCAAUAAAUCUCCUUGAACUUGA